CCAUCCUUUCUGGGUGCACAACCGCGAUAUUUCAUCUCGACUCCAUCGACUUCCGAUUCCCUCGCCUCAGGGCUCCUUCCAUGUGUGUUUUUGUGCCUUUGCGACACUUGCACGAGGUCGGAGGCCGCCCCAAAGGCGUCGCAGCACGCUGAGGAGGCUCCCCCAGGGCUUGGCGCUGUCCCCACGGGCAGCAUGUCUCUCGCUCCAUCAUUACAACAUCGCACAUCAUCUCGAGAGCGCCAACACUAUGCACGGAAUCUCCACCAGCCUCCGAACGCGAUCCGCCUACGUACUCCGAAUCCCCCAUUGAGCGAUGAGGCCAUGUCCAACGGUUCCAUCAACAACGCGCUUGGUGAGGGGGUAGACGCCAUUCCCGAAGAAGACCCCCGGGCAGCGCGCUGGCGGGAACAGUACCUGCGCACCGAAGCGCGCCUCGCCGCCGUCCUGGGUGGCGCUGGUCUUUUUGAUAUUGCCGAUGCCCACUCUGAACCAUCUGCCGACCUCGCUCCCCCAGCACAUGACGCGCUCCCGACCGCGACCCCCAAGAAACCUUCGCGGACAAUUGACGAAGACGACUACGGUGACGAUGAUGAUGCCGAAGAUGAAGAUGACACAAACACCUCUCCGUUGCUUGCGAAGAGUGCUCCGAAUGGGACUGGCGUUGGCACCCUCGACCCGCCGAGCCUUCGGAUGCCUUCAUUGUCCAACAGAUUGGGUCUUGAACGCACUAGUUCGCCCGCGUCUGCGCAUGCCAAGUCAUCGGAUGAUGUGCGCAAGAAACUGGAGCAAGACAAGAAGGCGGCGGAAGAUGCGGCAAAACGCAGCUUCUAUACACUAUUCCACACACUGGAGAGCGAUCGGGAUGCUAUGCUAGAACAACAGAAGCUUGAUGAGCUAGAUCGACAGGUUGAGACGGAGAUGUCUGGACAAGCCGCCAGCGCUCCUGCGGCAGGUACACCCGCCGCGCCUCAACAAGGAACUUUGAGUACUACCAACCUCGGAGCUUCAAGUCUCACCCUGAAGCAUCUCAUUGCUCGCAUAGAUGCUCAGAGAGACAAGGUGCAUGCAAGUGAUACACAGCUGCGAAGCUUGAUCAGUGAAGUCAGAAAGAAUCGUAGCAAAUGGGCGAACGAAGACCGUGUCGGCCAAGAGGAACUCUAUGAGAGCAUGGAGAAGGUGCUUAUGGAGCUCAAAGCCGGCGAGCAUGCGAAUCCUUUUCUACAGCGCGUCAAUAAAAGAGAAGCCCCCGACUACUAUAACAUCAUCAAACAACCGAUGGAUAUUGGGACAAUGAUGAAGAAGUUGAAACAACUGCAGUACAAGUCGAAGAAGGAGUUUACGGACGAUCUAAUGCUCAUUUGGGCAAACUGCUUGAAAUACAACUCAGCAUCAGACCACCCCCUCCGCAAAAAGGCACUAUACAUGCGGAAAGAAACUGAGAAACUGGUACCCUUGAUUCCAGAGAUCACUGUUCGCGACCGCGCCGAAGUUGAGGCUGAGGAACGUAGAAUGCGGAAUGGGGAUGCCGAUGCUGACGGUGCCGAGGACAGUGAAGAUGAAGAGCCAAUAAUGGCUUCACGUGGACGAAAGGCUCCCAGUAAAGGCGCGAAAGGCUCCAACACCACCACUCGUAAAGCCCCUCCAGCAGGUCUGGAAGUUACACCUGGCCCCGACACUAAAUCAGGUGUUCCCACUCUAAAUCACACCGUCUCCAAUCUGAAAAACGAAUUCCUCAGGGCUGACUCGGAAAUGGAAGGAAGCAUCAACGGCUUGUCUACUCCUCCACCCGGUACACUUACUCCUCUGGGUCCCAACGGUACCCUACGUAACGGAGCACACGGAAGUCAGGCGGACAAUUCCGAUGCAGACGGCACUGGCGUUUCUGUGAGCGGAUUUUUUGAAGAAGAUGCCGACUUGGAUGAUCUUGAAUACAAAACUUGGAAACAAGUCACCAAGAAAGACCGCGCAACUAUUGCAGCUGAGCGUCAUCGUCUAUUUCGCGAUGACCAGUUGCAGGGCGAUGAACCCGCCAUUUUGCGCUCUAAAGCCGGGAUGCGGAGGUGGCUUCGACACCGGAAACAGGCAAUUGAAGAAGAGUCUGCGGCCAAUACUGCAUCUCAACCUGAUGGAAAAGACGGGAUUGUAGCAACUGCCGGAGAAACACUUGCUGAAGGCAUCGAAGAGGAAGAGGAACGCCAAAUUCCCGAUUACUACGACCCUGUGUGCGCUAUACCAGAUCUCAACGAGCGCCAGCAAUGGAUCGAGGAUUCGGAGGGCCAUGUCAUACAACAAUACGAGGAGUACAUGCGUAUUGUACCAAAGGGUCAAUUCGUUGCUCCAGAAGGUUCCCUCGUGAAAAAAAUGGAAUCCAACAUGCGACAAAUGCAGGAGACCCGAAAGAUCUGCGCAAAGAUUGGUAUAGUGAAGCAAAUGCAGCUGCAGUCGCAGAUGUAUCAGAAUCAAUUCCAAAAGUACGACCCUCAGCCUUUUAUGGAAACAGAUAUAGAACCUAUGGUUGUUUCUGAGGAUGGCCCAGUCAUGGCUCCAUAUGUCUGUCGUGCAGCACUCCAGCGAAGUGUAGGCAAGAUUUUUUAUCAUGCUGGAUUCGAAGAAUUCCAACCAUCCGCACUUGAUGCAAUCACGGAUAUAGCAGGCGACUUUUUCGAGAAGCUCGUGAAGAGCUUGGCUGUUUAUCGCGAAGCACCUAAAAUGCGAACACCAAACCCAGCUGUCGUUCCGAGCACUUCCACUAUCACAAGCUGGAUUCCAAGAUUCACGCAAGAGGAGGCCGUCUUGCACGCCUUGCAAGUCAAUGGAGUUGAUCUGGAGACUCUUGAAACUUAUGUCAAAGACGAUAUCGAAAGACUUGGAUCCAAACUUGCUGGAAUGCACGACAGAAUGCGGUCGUAUUAUGCCGAAUUACUCCGUCCCGCUAUGGAUAACGCAGGUGCCGAUGGUGCCGGCGCUUUCAACGACGGCAGUGAGCAAUUUGUCGGUGGUGACUUUGCCGAAGAUAUUGGCGAAGAUUUCUUUGGUUUCAAGGAGCUCGGUCUCGACAAAGAGUUUGGCGUUAGUUUCAGCGUACCAUUGCAUUUGCUGCAAAACAGGAUGCAUCAAUUACAUGCCUCCCAGAACACGAAUAAUGUUACUACUACUGGCGUUCUUAUGGAAGAACCGCAGAAAUUUGAGCCUAUCACUAUGCAGACAAUCCCCAACCAAAUCGGUCUCAUACAAGAUUGGUUCCUGGCCAAACUGCAAGACAAUGCCAACGAAACACUCAUCGAGGAUGAGGAUUUACCACCCAAACAACGUUUCCCCAAACCACGUCUUCCCCCAACUGGCAAGAUCUCCAGUCCUCGUAAACGACCAUUGAGGGAACAACAGCAGAUGGCACGCAAGAAGCGAAAGUUAGACGAAGGUAGGGAUGAGAACAUUGGCAGUGGCGGCGCAAACAGCCAGCAUAAAGGGAUUGACAAACCACUCGGCAAGCUCAAAUUCGACAUGCCUCUAAAAGAGAACCAAGCUGUCAACGAACCCGAGAAAGACGAUGGAGUAGGCAUGAUCAGCCCUGAAAGCAUCCCUGCCGCAUAA